AUGCUUAUGCUGAACAACGUGGUUUUGCCUUUAAAUGCUCAAACAGAGGGCUGCCUGGCCCCGCAGCUCCAGGCUGGACAGGUGUGCAAUCUGAGUGCGGAAGUGAAGCGUCCGACUAAAGAAGAAUAUGGAAUGAUCGGAGAGCAUACUGUAAAAAGUCAGCGGCCAAGAUCAGUACAUGACACAAAGGCACUUCAGGAGAAGGCUGAUUCUGCUAAAUUUAUGGCACAAACUGGUGAAUCAGGUGCAGAGGAGUGGUCCCAGUGGAGCUCAUGUUCUGUAACUUGCAGUCAAGGGUCGCAGGUGCGCACAAGAACAUGCGCGUCACCAUAUGGAUCGCACUGCGCCGGCCCUUUAAGAGAAUCAAGGGUUUGCAAUAACACUGCCCCUUGUCCAGUGCACGGUGUGUGGGAGGAGUGGUCACCGUGGAGUCUGUGCUCGUUCACGUGUGGCCGCGGUCACCGCACUAGGACUAGGAUGUGUGCCCCUCCGCAGCACGGGGGCCGGGCCUGUGACGGACCCGAGAGUCAGACUAAGCUUUGCAACAUAGCUCUGUGUCCAGUGGAUGGGCAGUGGCAGGAGUGGAGCCCAUGGAGCGACUGUUCAGUGACCUGUGCCAAUGGGACUCAGCAAAGGACCAGGCAGUGUUCGGCAGCGGCACAUGGGGGAUCAGAAUGCCGAGGCCACUGGGCCGAGAGCCGGGAGUGCCAUAAUCCAGACUGCACAGCCAAUGGCCAGUGGAACCCGUGGGGCCCUUGGAGCGGCUGUUCGAAGUCAUGUGACGGCGGCUGGCAGAGGCGUGUCCGAGUGUGUCAGGGUGCCGCGGUAACAGGACAACAGUGCGACGGCAACGCAGAGGAAGUCCGCAAGUGCAGUGACCAGCGCUGCCCAGCUCCGUAUGAGAUCUGCCCCGAGGACUAUGCAGUGUCCAUGGUCUGGAGACGGACUCCUUCAGGGGAGCUGGCCUUCAACAGAUGUCCUCCCAACGCUACAGGCACCACUAGUCGCCGCUGCACUUUGGAUCACCGCGGUAUGGCCUUCUGGGAGCAGCCCAGCUAUGCUCGAUGCAUAACAAAUGAAUUCAGAUACUUGCAGCAAUCAGUUCAGGGUCAUCUUGCGAAGGGACAACGGAUGCUGGCGGGAGAUGGAAUGUCCCAGGUGACCAAAAAUCUGCUUGACCUUACCCAAAGGAGAAACUUUUACGCUGGAGAUCUGCUAUCGUCUGUGGAAAUUCUACGCAAUGUGACAGAGACGUUCAAGAGAGCCAGCUAUGAGCCUUCAUCGGAUGAUGUGCAGAACUUCUUUCAAAUUAUCAGCAACCUUUUAGAGGAGGAAAAUAAGGACAAAUGGGAGGAUGCACAAAAGAUCUACCCGGGCGCCGUGGAGCUCAUGCAGGUCAUAGAAGAAUUCAUCCACAUCGUUGGACUGGGGAUGAAGGAUUUUCACAACGCUUAUCUGAUGACUGGCAACUUGGUGGCCAGCAUCCAGAGACUGCCGGCCGUAUCGGUGAUGACUGACAUCAACUUCCCCAUGAAGGGUCGUAAAGGCAUGGUCGACUGGGCCAGGAACUCCGAAGAUAAAGUGGUCAUCCCCAAGGGCCUCUUUGUUUCGCAGUCAGCAGAUAUGGACGGAUCUCCUGUCUUCAUUCUGGGAACAGUCCUCUACAAGACGCUGGGACUAAUGUUACCGUCACCACAAAACUACACUGUUGUGAACUCUAAAGUCAUCGCUGUGACUGUUCGCCCAGAGCCCAAAGCUACGGAGACCCACAUGGAGAUUGAACUGGCGCACUUGGCAAAUGGAACAAUGAACCCAUACUGUGCUCUGUGGGACGGCAACAUCAUGAACGAUUCUUGGGGAGCCUGGUCCUCCAAAGGAUGUAAAACCGUGCUCACAGAUGCAUCCCAUACAAAAUGCUUAUGUGAUCGCGUAUCUACCUUCGCCAUUUUGGCUCAGCAACCAAGAGAAAUAACCAUGGAGUACUCAGGGGUCCCAUCUGUGACAUUGAUAGUUGGCUGCGGUAUUUCCUGUCUCGCCUUGAUCACCUUGGCAGUAAUCUAUGCUGUGCUAUGGAGAUACAUUCGUUCAGAGCGAUCCAUCAUCCUGUUGAACUUCUGCCUGUCUAUAGUUUGUUCCAACAUAUUGAUCCUGGUCGGACAAACACAGACACACAAUGCGGGGGUUUGUGUCAUGACGACAGCUUUCCUGCACUUCUUCUUCCUGGCAUCUUUCUGCUGGGUGCUCACGGAGGCCUGGCAGUCGUACAUGGCCGUGACAGGGAAAGUUCGAACUCGCUUGAUCCGCAAACGCUUUCUGUGUCUGGGCUGGGGAUUGCCAGCUUUAGUGGUUGCAGUCUCCAUGGGGUUCACUAAAACAAAGGGCUACGGGACACCAUUAUACUGCUGGUUGUCUUUGGAGGGAGGCCUUUUGUAUGCCUUUGUCGGUCCUGCAGCUGCUGUUGUUUUGGUCAACAUGGUGAUUGGUAUACUAGUUUUUAAUAAGCUUGUGUCCAGGGAUGGCAUCCUGGACAAAAAGCUGAAGCAUCGAGCAGGGUAUGACAGCACGUCCUUACAGAUGAGUGAGCCGCAUACAGGAUUAACUCUCAAGUGUGCCAAAUGUGGUGUGGUAUCAACAACUGCUUUAUCAGCAACUACAGCGAGCAACGCAAUGGCUUCACUGUGGAGCUCCUGUGUGGUCCUGCCUCUGCUGGCGUUGACCUGGAUGUCCGCUGUGCUCGCUAUGACGGACAAGCGCUCCAUCCUCUUUCAGAUCCUCUUCGCUAUCUUUGAUUCUCUGCAAGGCUUCGUCAUUGUCAUGGUGCACUGUGUUCUGAGGAGAGAGGUCCAAGAUGCAUUUCGAUGUCGUCUGAGAAACUGCCAAGAUCCAAUCAGUGGGGACGCAACAGGAACCUUCCCUAAUGGCCACGCUCAGAUAAUGACGGACUUUGAGAAAGAUGUGGACAUUGCUUGCAGAUCCGCUCUCCACAAAGACAUGGGCUCUUGUCGCGCCGCCACCAUCACAGGCACCCUGUCCCGCAUCUCCCUGAAUGACGAAGAGGAUGAGAAAGCUCCUGAAGGCCUCAACUACUCUACGUUGCCUGGCAACAUCAUCUCCAAAGUGUUAAUCCAGCAGCCGUCUGCGCUGCACAUGCCUAUGGGAGUAGAUCUGAAGGAGCAGUGCAUGGGAGACAGUAACACAGACAUGCGGCGCGCUGUUUACCUGUGUACCGACGACGCCCUGCGGCAGAGUGAGCAGGACAUGUCCCAUGAGCUGGAGGCUCACGCUGCGGGACAGAUGAUGGAGACCGACUACAUCGUCAUGCCUCGUUCCUCCGCCUCCAUGCCCGGCUCCAACGUACCCACCCUGGUCAAAGACGACACCAAGAUGAACAUCCCCAUGGAUAAGCUGUCCCAUGAGCGGCUGAUGCAUUACAAGAUGACCCCAGACUUCAACAUCAGCCCCCAGGGCAUGGACCACAUGACUAUGAGCCUGGAGCAGCAGUAUGCCAGGGCUCCAGAGCAGAUGCAGAUGCCCUUUGAGCCGCGCACUGCAGUCAAGAACUUCCUCGCUGAGAUGGAGGAGUCUGCCGGGCUGUCGCGCAGUGAGACUGGGUCCACAAUAUCUAUGAGCUCACUCGAGAGACGAAAAUCAAGAUACUCUGAUCUAGACUUUGAGAAAGUCAUGCACACCAGGAAAAGACACAUGGAGCUGUUCCAGGAACUGAAUCAGAAAUUUCAAACCCUGGACCGAUUUCGAGACAUACCAAAUAUGGGCAGCAUGGACAAGGCAAUGCCAAACAAGAAUCCAUGGGAGAGCUACAAUCCAGCCUGCGAGUAUCAGAAUUACGCCACUAUGAAUGUACUAGAACCCAACACCAAGGACUCUCUAGAGAUGACAGCCGCCGAGUGGGAAAAGUGUGUCAACUUACCCUUGGACGUCCAGGAGGGUGACUUCCAGACUGAGGUGUGA